UCCUCUUCUAAUUAGAUCAAAUCAAUAAGAAAAAACACAAAAAAUCACAAACUCUGCACCAACCGAUUCAUUGUUCCUAACAAGAGAGCACAAACAACAUUAUAAUAUUAUAAUUAUUAUUAUUUAUUUAAAUAUAUUUAAAACAAGCAUCGGAGAUGGGCAAUUACUUUUCUCAAGAUUCCCUCGAAUCAUUCAAUGUAGGAAAGGGUUCCGAUUCUGCAAAUUCUGUACCAACCCGAGCAAUUACUGAUAAGCCAAUUAAUAAUUGUGAUAAUAAUGAUUUGAUAAAUCUGAUGAGAGAAUUUAAAUAUCAAAAUUCCUUGAUUGAGAAGUUAUUGAUCAAUAAUACAAUGUUUCAUGGUCAUGUUUUUAAGGAUUUGGCCAAGGCUAUUGUUACCGGAGAUCGUUCAACAAUUGAUGAUGAAAAACAAUAUAUUAUUGCAAGGCUUUCUAAAUUAUAUGAUGUUGAUCAGGGAAGUAUGAGUUCGUUUGUGGAUUCAGUGGUUGAGGCCAAGAUUAGAAAGGAUAUUGAGAAUGGCUCUGGUAGGAAGAAUACUUUUGCUGCAAUGGAACAGAGAUAUAAUCCAGCUUAUCAAUUUGAUUCUGUUCCAACGACUGGAACUCAGAGUGAUAUUGGCACUAAUUCAAAUAAUGUACAUUUACCAUCGGAUGAUAGUGAUUUUGAUUCGAGAACUCCAUUUGAUGAGGAAAAACUUAAUGAUUGGGAGAAACAAGGAAUUGAACAUUGUAAAAAGAAUCUCUCUGAAUAUUACAAGACUCUCAAUGAGAGAGGAAAAUCAUUCAAGAGUGCUAAUCUUACUGGUGAUUUGGAUUUGGAUGCCCAAAAUUUAACAUGCAAGGAUAGAUUCUUGUACAAUACAUUUUGCAGUAGAAUUUUGGCAAAUCCAAAUAGAAGAAAGAUGGAAAAGCCUCCUUAUGUUGCUGUUAAAUUGGUCAUUUCAGAAUUGCAAGGAAAUAAUUUUAUUAGAAGCGUAUUGUCCAAGAUUGUUACUACUGAAUUUGGUAUUCUCCAUACAGGAAUCAUGAUUGGAGAGUGGAAAUUUGAUUGGUACAAUAACUCUCUGAUUAGUGUUAGAACUGAUAAGAAUAUUGAAUCAUCCAAUUCAAUUGCUGUUAUUGAUCUUGGUUUUUUGAGAACCAAGAAUCAAAUUAUGGAUGCCUUCUUGAAAAUUACAGAUAUUUGUUGUACAUUUAAUGCUAAAAAGACAUAUAGCCAACUCGAUUGUAAUUGUCAACACUUUGUCUCUCAAGUUUUGGAUGCUCUCUCAUUGAGUAGACCAAGUGGAAAGACCUUUGACAAUUACUUUUCCGAUUUAAAGAAGGGUAACACGAGUAGAAAAUUCUACUAUACUGAAACUUUAAAGGCAUUCAUUCAAAAUUUGGAUUACGAGAAUGAAUUUACCAAAUUGGAUACAAUGAUAUUUGAGAAUAGAAAAACAUUGGAUGAAUUUUGUCACUGGUUGAAUUCGAUAGGAUAUUUUGAAACUGAUGCAGGUGAAGGAGAUUAUAAAUUAUUGAAAGCAUUCGACAGAUCAUUCUGUAUUGCAGGAGAUGCUGAGGGAAGCACCAUUGUGGACUAUUCAUCUUAUUCUGGAGUAAAGGAUAAUUCAUUCUUUUCAAAGAAUGGUGAUAGAUAUGAAACAACCAUCCAUAAGAUUGAAUAUAACGUUCAAGAUUUGGACUUUACACCUCACAUACCAAAUAGAUAAAUUAAUUUU